CGCCAAUCCAAUAUCUCCACAAGCGCCAUCUGAUGCUUCUAAGGACUCUGAGGUGGAUUCAUGUUCUGCUGCCUGUAGUGCAGUUCUCGAAGCUUCCAAGACUCCCGAGAAGGAGGAGUUUGCUGAAGUCGCAGGGGUGACUCACAAAGAGGGUGACACGGAUAUGGCGGUAGCAGCGGUGGACGAUCCCAUGGAGGAGGAUCCGGUGGCUCCUGCGACGGUUUUUUGCAUCCGCCUCCAGCAGCCCAGGUCGAAUUUGCAGCAUAAAAUGAGUGUGCCUGAGCUCUGCCGUAAUUUCAGGUUGGGUACAUAUACAAAAUUAAGGAUAUGGCCUCAAUACGGGACCACAAUAAAGUAUUGCUGCAUUGAAGUGCCAUUGCUUGGUGCGGAAAGUUGAAUGCCAUAGCAUGUGCAUCUGAAACUUGUGCAAGAAUCCCAAGUUCAAAUGCAAAUCCACCGUUUUGGAUCCCGAUACACAUUGUGAUACCAGAGCGUCCAACUGAAUGCACUGUUUUUAAUGUUAUAGCAGAUUCACCUCGUGACUUGGUUCAAUUUAUUGAAUGGUCUCCUACAGCAUGUCCUCGUGCUCUUCUCAUUGCUAAUUUCCAUGGAAGAAUAUCUAUCUGGACUCAACCUUCUCAAGGUCCAGCUAAUUUGGUAAGAGAUGCUAGCUGUUGGCAGAAAGAAUAUGAAUGGCGGCAGGAUAUUGCAGUUGUAACUAAGUGGUUAUCAGGUGUAUCUCCGUACAGGUGGCUUUCAUCAAGGUCCGGUGGUGCCACAAAGUCAAUAUUUGAGGAGAAAUUCCUUUCUCAUCAACCACAGCCUCCAGCUGGAUGGCCAAAUUUUCUGUGUGUAUGCUCCGUCUUCUUAUCAGGAUCAGUUCAGCUUCAUUGGUCCCAAUGGCCACCUGAUCAGACUGGUCAACCAAAAUGGUUUUGCACAAGCAAAGGGCUCUUGGGAGUUGGACCCAGUGGAAUUAUGGCUGCAGAUGCUAUUGUAACAGAUUCUGGAGCCUUACACGUAGCGGGUGUCCCAAUUGUGAAUCCAUCUACAGUAGUUGUUUGGCAAGUUAUGUCAGGGCCUGGAAAUGAAUUUCAAGCAACUCAGAAGGCAAGUCUGAGCAAUGGAGUUCCACCAUCACUUAGUCCUCCUUUGUGGGACGGCUUUGCUCCUCUUGCUGCCUAUUUGUUUAGCUGGCAAGAGUUUUUAUUUCAAGAAGUAAAACAAGGGAAAACACAUACAGAGUUAGACUAUAAUGACACAGUGGUUCUUCAUUGUUCACCAGUUUCCAACUUUUCUGCAUACGUGAGUCCUGAGGCUGCAGCUCAGCCAGCUGCUACCACUACAUGGGGUUCUGGUGUCACUGCUGUUGCAUUUGAUCCCACCCGUGGUGGCGACGUGAUAGCUGUUGUGAUAGUUGAGGGACAGUACAUGUCCCCAUAUGAUCCUGAUGAAGGCCCUUCAGUCACAGGAUGGAGAGUUCAACGUUGGGAAUCUUCUGUGGAGGAUGUUGUUCUCCAUCAAAUAUUUGGUAAUCCGACGUCAAGUAUUGGUGGGCAAGCCCCUAAACAGACAGUUUGGGUGAGUAAAGUAAUUAGAUGUAUUCCUGCAUCUACAGAAUUUAAAAGUCCCCGAGCAGCUGCAGGUAUAUCUACACCUGAUAUGCAAACUGCUUCUGACCUUGCUAUUGAGAUGAUGAAGAGGGCCACAUUUGAUCCUUUUGAUCUUCCAAGUGAUGUUAGAACCCUUGCUCGGAUUGUUUAUUCUGCUCAUGGAGGGGAAAUUGCAGUUGCUUUUUUAUGUGGUGGGGUUCAUGUGUUCUCAGGUCCAAGUUUCACCCCUAUUGGUAGCUACCAUAUUAAUGUUGGGCCUGCAAUUGCUGCUCCUGCAUUCUCUUCAACAAGUUGCUGCUCUGCUUCUGUUUGGCAUGACACUAGCAAAGAUUGUUCCAUCUUGAAGAUAGUUCGGGUUCUCCCACCAGCUGUUCUAAGUAAUCAGGUGAAAGCUAACUCUGCUAUGUGGGAACGUGCAGUUGCAGAGAGGUUUUGGUGGAGUCUUUUAGUGGGAGUUGAUUGGUGGGAUGCUGUUGGGUGUACCCAAAGUGCUGCAGAAGAUGGCAUUGUUUCACUGAACAGCGUCAUUGCAGUGCUGGAUGCAGAUUUUCACUCUCUUCCAUCUACAUACCACCGGCAGCAAUAUGGGCCUAGCCUAGACAGGAUAAAGUGUAGGCUACUAGAAGGUACAAAUGCUCAAGAAGUCAGGGCUAUGGUUCUUGACAUGCAAGCAAGAUUGCUAUUGGAUAUGCUCGGCAAAGGAAUCGAAUCAGCUUUAAUGAAUCCAUCAGCUUUGGUCCCAGAACCAUGGCAAGCGUCCAGUGAUACACUAUUUGGUAUUGAUACUGAAGCAAUGUCUGUUGAUCCAGCUUUUGUUCCAAGCAUACAGGCUUAUGUUGAUGCAAUACUUGAUCUAGCUUCUCAUUUCAUUACACGUUUGCGGCGUUAUGCAAGCUUCUGUCGCACGUUAGCUAGUCAUGCUGUGACUGCAGGCACUGGUGGGAGUCGGAAUAUGGUGAGCAAUCCUAUGCAAAGUUCUGCUUCUCCUGCAAUAUCUCAGGGGACUCAGGGCGGUGGUUCUGCAAGCUCUACGGGAAGCACACAGAUGCAUGCAUGGGUACAGGGAGCCAUAGCAAAGAUUAGUGGCAGCGCUGAGAGUGCCCCAAGUUCCGCCCCAAACCCAAUAAGUGGUCCAGCAACUCUUAUGCCGAUUAGUAUUAAUACUGGCACUUUCCCUGGAACUCCAGCUGUUAGACUCAUUGGGGAUUGCCAUUUUCUUCACCGACUAUGUCAGCUUUUGCAUUUCUGUUUCUUCUUCCGCCGGACACAAUUGCCGCGCUAUAUUGGGGCAACUCAGAGGAAUGCUGAUUCUUCGAUGCAAAAACCUCAGCAGCCUAUUACUCUUGCAAAACUUGAAGAAGCCAACUCUGCUGCCAAACCUACAUCAAGUGGUCAGCUUGGCCCUGGUGGAAAGGGAUCUGAUGAUGUUCUAUCUAACCGGUCCAGGAUUGGUUCCGGAAAUGCUGGACAAGGAUACACAUACGACGAGGUGAAGGUACUAUUUCUUAUAUUAAUGGAUCUUUGCCGUCGGACAGCAGGCCUAGCACAUCCAUUGCCAGUUUCUCAGGUCGGGAGCAGCAAUAUACAGAUCCGGCUUCAUUACAUAGAUGGGAACUAUACUGUUCUGCCAGAAGUCGUAGAAGCUUCCCUUGGACCACAUAUGCAGAACAUGCCACGGCCUAGAGGUGCUGACGCAGCAGGCUUGCUACUUCGUGAGUUAGAACUCCAUCCUCCUGCAGAAGAGUGGCACAGGAAGAAUGUGCACAGUGGACCCUGGUCUGAUGCACAAGAUGAUAACGGUUCUUCAGUUGAUGAUGACCUUACACUUAGCCCAUCUAAAGAGAAAUUUGAGUGUGGCCCAUCCGAAGAACACUGUGAUGUUCUUCGCUAUGGUGGAAGCAAUCGUUUAUGGCCAAGGAAGCGUAGAAUGUCGGAAAGGGAUGCAGCUUUUGGGUUAAACACUUCAGUUGGCCUCGGUGCAUAUCUUGGUAUCAUGGGGUCUCGUAGGGAUGUUGUGACUGCCAUAUGGAAGACAGGGCUCGAUGGUGUCUGGUACAAGUGCAUAAGAUGUUUGAGGCAGACAUGUGCCUUCACGCCUCCAGGAGCCACUCCUGCAAAUCUGAGCGAGAAGGAAAUAUGGUGGAUUAGCCGUUGGGCAUACGGGUGCCCAAUGUGUGGCGGGACAUGGGUUCGAGUUGUAUAGACUUGAUGGUAUGUAUGGGUCAUAGCACUCUCUAAAGUCAUCUGUAGGGAGAUGGGAGAGGAACAUUGUGUACAGAAUCCCUUUAACCAACACUCUUUUUUGGAUGCAAUUCUAAUGAUCAUAGUAUAUGUUCUGCAAUACUCCCUCCGUCCCUAUAUAAAAGUAUCCAUUCGUUUUCC